CUUAACCCUAAUAAACCCCAGACAAAAGGUAUACUACGCACGGUCCUCCUUUCCAACUACUCCAACAUUACCUUGAAGAUGGACACUACGGAUCUCGAGACAUAUCAAGUUCAGCUCUCUCAAGUCGAGCUCGCACUCCAAACAGAUACUGAAAAUGCCGGACUCCUCUCCCUCCGUUCGGAACUACAAGAACUUAUCUCUCUCACCCAACAGUCGCUUGCGCAAGCCGCUUCCUCAUCACGUACAGAUGCUGUCCGUAAGACAGCAAAUUCAACACCUUCACACACAUGGACUGCAGGAAGCGACUGUCUCGCCAAAUACUCAGGUGAUGGCAAUUGGUAUCCUGCACGCAUUACCAGCGUUGGUGGCUCCGCAGAGAACCCUGUAUACAGCAUCAUGUUCAAAGGCUACAAUACGACGGAAUUGAUAAAAGGGUCAGAAAUCAAGGCACUACCAGCAAAUCACCAGGAGAAAGUAUCAGCGCCGAGCAAAAGAAAGCUAACCAAAGCAGAGGACGAGGAGAGAGAUCGGAAGAAGAAGCGCAACGAGAAAAAACUCGAGGUCAAAGCUGCAAAAGCCAAGGAACAACUCGCAAAACAGGCGACGUGGCAGAAGUUUGCUAAGAAGUCUGAGAAGAAGGGCGUCCAUAUUGCCGGUGUGGCAGGCACCAGCAUCUUCAAGACGCCCGACAACCCAUUAGGCCGUGGUGCGUAUCGUUUCAGUUUGUUUGAACGCAGACUUCUUGAUUUCUGAUAACGGCCUUGUAGUCGGCGUUACCGGCAGCGGAAA